GCAAGAUUCCCAAAGCAGCAGCACGAAGCCGCGCCGCGCCGCCGCAGCAGCCGAGAGUCGACAGAGCUCCUAGAAGAUAGCAGCAGCCUCGACGCCUUUCCCCUACCUUGAAGUGCGGUUCAGCGAUGUCCCGCGGACAUCCUCGGGCCUUGUAUUCGGGACAGAUAGCAAUACCUGCGACGUCAUCUUGCCCGGCAUAAUUGGUAUCAGCAGGCGGCAUUUCGCGCUAACAUAUAAGAACAGCUUCCCUGACAAAUACUCGCGCCUGAUUGUACGGGAUCUCGGCUCUAUGCGAGGAACCAAGGUGAUAUAUAACGACCAGGGAGACAAGGUACGCAGCAGCUUCGACUGGAUCCUCGACGGGUUCCAUACUAUCAAUGAGACCAAGACGUUUAUCGUGGAACUGGAUGACUGCCUCAAAUUCCGCAUCAUUGUGGCCCGCCACGACAUAACGACAUCUGCCUACGCCGACAGGGUCGAGCGGUUCUGUCGGGGUGCGGCAAGCCCGCAGGACCUCCUGCACGGACUCGGCCUCCAGAGCGGCCCCGAGACAGAGCGUAAUAGCGGGGCACAGACUCCUGUCCAGAAUCCUAUCCUCCUCCACAAAGGGCUGAUCGGCUGCGGCGGAUUCGGGGUGGUGAGCCGGCGGUGGAAUGUUAGCACGGGGGAGGAGUAUGCCUGCAAGCAGCCCUUAGCGGGGAGAUACAAGAAGGAGGACUGGCAGAACGAGAUCGACAUUAUGCGGAGGAUCUCGAAUGUACGAAUAGCUACAUCGUCCGGCUCUGCUUCUUCGACACCACGCCGCUGCCCCGCCUGUUCCUGGAGUACAUGCCGCUCGGAAACCUCGAGGACCAGCACCAGGCCGCCCCCUUCUCAUACGAGGAGUGCGUAGUAAUCCUCCACCAGAGCGCGUCGGCCAUCAUGUACCUCCACGGGCGGCCUGCGCCGGUCGCCCACCGCGACAUCAAGCCGGCCAACAUCCUCGUGCAGCACCGCGAUCCCGGCCGCAACGCCCUGCACAUCAAGCUGUCUGACUUUGGCCUCGCCAAGGCCGGCAGCAGCCUCAAGACGGGGCUGCCACACGGAUACGUACUGCCCGCCCGAGAUGCCUGUUACUAUGAUUUUUGGGAGUUCGCUGGUUAGCAGGAAGUGUAUCAAUCUGGGAUGCAUUGGCACUUGCACACCAUGAUCCAUAGCUCUCCCAGUGUUCUUCUGCAAAUAUAAGAAGCUUUCUUACUAU